UGUGGUGUUCGUCUGAAUGAUUUAGUUUAACAUUCCAUUUCCAUAGUGCUGGCACCAGGAUAACGCACUAACGCAGGCGGCACUUGUCACUUUGUCAGUCAUCCUGCGAGCUGUAGACGUAGGACGUAGUAGGCGUUGUCGCACACGUAACCCAAGACCAACGCCUUUCGAGGUGUGCGUAUAAUAAAGCGUCCUAUCUUCUUUAAUUAACAGGGGAAAAUGAACUCGCCAACGAAACAGUUUUUAGUCUUCGCGAGUUUUAUUUGCUUCGCAGUGGUCGUCAUUGGACAAGAGAAAAGAUCAUGCUCCAUUCCGUUCAUCAUUCGUGGAGCGUGGUUUUCUUGGGAAAAUGGACAAAAUACUUUAACAGAAAUGGAUGCUACGUCAAUGUCCAACAGAGGCGUUUGUAUGGACGUUAAAGAAGAUUAUCACGUGAAUUACACAUUUGUCUUCAGAUCUUCAACUUGUUAUAGUUGUGUUAAGUUGUUGGUGCGGACUGUUAAUGUUUUAGAAAAACUUGAAACCAGCUGUGUUAAUCUAGCACCAGGAAUGCUACCAACUGUGGAAAAUGUAUGUACUGGAUUACGUGCAGAUCAGCAGUUGAUCACACUGUUUUCUGAAAAUUUUGUACCUGUUAAUUGUAGAUCAUCUCUUGAAGGUGUUUGGCAAUUCGCUUAUCAGAACCGAUUUAGAUUCACUGGUGAAUGCAACAACCCAGAUGCACAAAUUCGUUCGUGUCAAACAGCUGGUUCUCAAUUCUUCAUUACUAAUCAGAAAUUUAAUAUCACAUACAAACAAUGUUCAGGAAUGAAAGGAACUUUUGAUGGAGUGGUUGAAUACAGCUGUUUGGGAGAUUGGUUUGUUGAUAAAAAUCACUUCUUUGCUGUAGCAAAUACUAAAGAAUCUCGAAAAGACGAAAAGUAUCGCUGUUUUUUAAAAAAUCGAGAUGACGAUUUAUAUAUUGGUGUGUCAAUAACAGCUGAGUGUAAUACUUUGAAAACUGUAGAAAAAAGUCCAGAGCGUCUUCGUGUGACGCCAGUCAAAGCCGAAGUUGUAGAACCCGGUUGUCGAUUACCUCGAAAUAUGACGGGAAAUUGGAUCAAUACUGCUAACAUUGACGCCGAUGUCUUUAUAAAUGAAACUCAUAUUGUCGAAACGUAUUACCCCGACGUUGGUCGUUACCGAAGAACCAUUUACGUUUGUCGUGAACAAAGAGAUACGAGAGUUAUGAUGGCAAGAUUGACUGUAGAUGGAUGUCAAAAAGAUUACGUUUGCUUCGAUUUCGUACCUCAACAUCAUAAUAUUAUUAGAUACCGAAAAGGAUUAGCUGUUAUUAAAGACAAAUUUCAUACAGUUUGUUCUUGGGUACAAUUCCAGAAUAAAGUAGACUGGAAAUAUGAUCUGUUUUUGGCAAAAGAUCCGGUACCUGUGCGAUGUCCAGUUGCUGGUAAAUUUAGUUUCCAGCAAAAAGGAGACGUUCUUUUUGAAACUAGAAUUCUUGGUGGUGUCACAGACACGCCUCGACCAAAUAUUUACUGUAAAAAAAAUAUUUCUGACUUUUCGGUAUGUGAUACAGAUCAAAAAGAAAUCGCUAUUGACGAAACUUACUGUCUGUCCGUCGAUCAUCUGGGACGUCCAGUAGAUAUUUACAGUUGGCCUGAUUACAAAAUGAAAUGCAUCGGAUAUUACAAAGAGAAUCUAAAAUCAUACUUGAUAACUUUUGAUGAAUUAGACCCUUACAGUAAAUACCAUUGCUGGGUUUAUCAAAGAGCAGACUUAAAUAGAGUUUUAAUGUCGCAAGCUAUUGGUCCAUAUUGUGAUGUAAAGCAAGAUGUAACAAGUUGGAAUUAUACUGAGGGUGCUGCAGUCGCUCUCGACUUGGUGGAAUACGAGAGAGAACGUGAUCAAUGCCCCAUGCAUUUCGAUGAUGGUUCUAAUCCAUGGAUAAGAAGUGAAAAUUAUAUCCAAGUAUUCCACUAUGGUGACUACAGCAAUUCUGCCUCGGUCUACAGUUAUUCAAUUUUAACUUUUGUUUGUAUUUUUACUUGCAUUUAUUAAAUUGUUUGAGGACCGCGAUUGAAACAAAUCACGAUAACUUUACUCAUCGUUGUGAGAAAAUUUCUCUUGCGGAAGUUAAAGAAUAUAUUCGUAAUUGAUAAAUCUACAAGUAAAAUAAUUUUUUAAUAUGAAACAAAUGAGCCAAAAAACGCUAACGCUUUAGUUAUGCGCGAAGAUUGUGAAUCUACUAGACUUAUAGUACAUCGCUUUGUGAUUUACGAUUAUGAUUCCGUCCCAUAUAAAAUUCGUGUUUUGCUAUUGCAUCCACGAAUAUUUCGUACUAAUUCCAUAAAUAAGUAUUUGUGAAAAUGAAUCUUGUUAAAAAUUUGUACAUUUCAUAUAAAAUAACUUUAUCUUUAGAAAAUAAGAGUUUUUGUUACAAACAAAUUGAAAUAAUCAUCUCUAUAGAAAAAUUAGUACUAAUCCAGUGGAUAAAGCGUAGGACUUAUAAAGGAAAAAAGGCAAAAAAAAUAAGAAUAAGACAGCAACAAGAUAAAACACAUUGUAAUAAACAUGUACAUAGUGUAUAUAAUUUAAUGUAUAAGUCCUACAUUAUAAGCUUUAAGUUGUAAAAUACUACAGCCAUUUUGGAAUGUUGUUUGUAAUCUGCAAUGAGAAGCUAUUUUUUUAGUAUAAAAUCAAACCAUGUACAAUAAUAUGACUCGAGUAUACAGUACUUCACGAGAUAAUUCUAACGCCCAUUCCUGUUAAUGUAUUCUUUAUGUUGUUUCUUGUAGUGAGGUCAUAUAAGAUAAUGCAAAAUUUGCCAUCUAUGUACUUUUUAUGCUCGUUUUUAAACGUAACAUAUCACAAUUAGGUACAAAAAGUAAGAAAUAAAACUACCUUUCACGCUAUAGUAGUGAAUGAGGUACCUUAAAAGUUCGAAAAGGGUAUUAGAUUUAAAAACACAAAUAUAGUAGGAGAUAGUACAUAUCGAUUACUGCACAACUUUAUAAUUGUCAACGAAUCUCUAAAUGCCGUUAUUUAUGUUACGGUAACAGUGCCUUAUUAAAUAUAUAUACGUUUUUAUUUUUAUAAUUCUA